AUGGCCCACCAAACAUUCGCGCACCAGGCCGUGCCCAAGGUCGUUAUUCUCUUCUUUCUUCAGGCGAGUGCUGAUGCAUUACUCAGUCGCAAUACAGCUUGUUGUGGUUUCCGUGCUUCACGUCCUGCGUUUCUUCCGGCAGGGAUCUUCGACAACGACCACGUGCCCUACGUGAUCGAGCGCAGCACUCCUGACUCCACAAAGCCCACCCUGCCGGAGAUGACCAGAGUCGCUGUGGAGAUCCUUAAGAAAGCGCCCAAGGGGUUCGUGCUGCUCGUCGAAGGAGCGCGCAUCGACAUGGCCCACCACAAAAGCAAGGGUGGAUCGGCCCUGGAAGAAGCCCUGGAGUUCGACCAGGCCGUUCAGGAGACGCGCGACACGCUCAAGAUGGACGACUCCCUGCUGGUGGUGACGGCCGACCACUCUCACACGUUCACCAUGGGCGGGUACCCGAAGAGAGGCACCAACAUCCUCGGUAUUGCUGGGUAUUCAGACGUCAACCAUCUGCCGUUUACUGUCAUCACCUAUGGAAAUGGCCCUGGUUUUUCAACCUCCAAAGAAAACUUCACCAACGAAGAAGUUGCGAAGCCCGACUACGUGCAACGGUCGGCCUUCCCGCUCAAGCAGGAGACCCACGGCGGCGAGGACGUGGUGGUGUACGCCACGGGGCCCUGGGCGCACCUCUACACCGGCGUUCAUGACCAGUCGUACAUCCCCCACGUGAUGGCGCACGCUGCCUGCAUCGGCCGCUUUAAGGGCGACAAGUGUGCCACGCCCGAUAAAACUACGGGUACCGGCGCAGCCGCGAUCCCGGCGGCUCAGCUGUUCGCCGUGAUUGCCUCGGCGCUCGGCGCCCUCCUGCUGCGGUGACCCGACUAAGGACUGCUGUCUCCGCCCUGACGACGUUUCUUUUCGCCGUGUGCGCCUGCAUGUAUUUGGUUGCCUCUGGCGGUCACGCAUUUAAAGCGUGGGUCGCCAGAAGGCAGAACGAGGGAACAAAACGAGGAUAGUCGGCGGCGCGUUAUUUUGUGCAAGUUGUGACCGGCAUUAAGUGGCCGAAUAUCUAUAUUCCUGACUUAUUAUUACGGCAAGUUUAUAACAGUACUACUUAAAUGGUAAUGGUACGGUAACACUGAGAACAGCGAGGUGGCUGUGACGACGUGUUUGCCGUUUGUAAGUCAUGUUUGCCGACGUUAACUGGGUGCGGCAAAAGGCGGGCAAAAAAAAGUGUCCGUAAUACCCGACAUCCUAGUGUUUCGAAGAUGGCAGCAUAUGCGCUUUUAACGAGAGGGCGUAAAUUUUUGCACUAACACGGAGUGAUGUCCGUAAUAAUUUCUGGCCUAAGUUUACACGCAAGUAAAGGCUUAGGCAUUUGACAGAGAUUUUCCCUCGUCAUGUCGUUCAGUAUCAGAACUGGCUAACGCAAGCUUUCACAAAUUGUUUUAUUCUUACGAUUUGCGUGCUCAAGCUGCGUGCAGUUAGAAACACGAACUAUGAGCUUAAGAAGUUGUGAACUUGGGCGACUUGGCAAUCCAUUAUUAGUUGCGAAAGCGCGUUACUGACGGGACCUAAA